UCAGGGCCGCCGUAUAAAUAAUCCCGGGGCCCCCGAGCUCCCCGGACUUGCAGCCGACGCCGACGCCGCAGCCCCGGGCCCAGGCGUCCCGGCCAUGGCCCGCCCGGUGCUCUUGCUCGGCCUCGGCCUCCUGGCCAGCCUGCUGCCGGCGCUGGCCGCCUGCCCCCAGCACUGCCACUGCCACGGCGACCUGCAGCACGUCAUCUGCGACAAGGUGGGCCUGCGCAAGAUCCCCAAGGUGUCGGAGAAGACCAAGCUGCUCAACCUCCAGCGCAACAACUUCCCGGUGCUGGCGGCCAACGCCUUCCGUGCCAUGCCCAACCUGGUGUCGCUGCAUCUGCAGCACUGCCAGAUCCGAGAGGUGGCGGCCGGCGCCUUCCGAGGCCUCAAGCAGCUCAUCUACCUGUACCUGUCGCACAAUGACAUCCGCGUGCUGCGCAACGGCGCCUUCGACGACCUGACCGAGCUCACCUACCUCUACCUGGAUCACAACAAGGUGACGGAGCUGCCCCGCGGGCUGCUCUCGCCGCUCGUCAACCUCUUCAUCCUGCAGCUCAACAACAACAAGAUCCGAGAGCUGCGCGCUGGCGCCUUCCAAGGUGCCAAGGACCUGCGCUGGCUCUACCUGUCCGAGAACGCGCUCAGCGUCCUGCAGCCCGGCGCGCUGGACGACGUGGAGAACCUCGCCAAGUUCCACCUGGACAGGAACCAGCUGUCCAGCUACCCCGCCGCGGCGCUCAGCAAGCUGCGGGUGGUGGAGGAGCUGAAACUGUCCCACAACCCCCUGAAAAGCAUCCCCGACAACGCCUUCCAGUCCUUCGGCAGGUACCUGGAGACCCUCUGGCUGGACAACACCCACCUGGAGAAGUUCUCGGAUGGUGCCUUCACGGGCGUGAGCACACUGAAGCAUGUUCACCUGGAUAACAACCGCCUGAGCCAGCUGCCCUCAAGCUUCCCCUUUGACAGCCUGGAGACCCUCACCCUUGCCAACAACCCCUGGAAGUGCACCUGCCCACUCCGGGGUCUUCGGAGGUGGCUGGAAGCCAAGACUUCCCGCCCCGAUGCCACUUGCGCUUCACCCAGCAAGGUCAAGGGUCAGCACAUCCGAGACACUGAAGCCUUUCGCAGCUGCAAGUCCCCCACCAAACGGUCCAAGAAAGCCAGCCGCCAUUAAACAGCCCCUGCAGCCACACAGAGCUGUCCAUAGCCUGGCAGGGCCAUGGGCAUCCAGCACAAACGCAGCUCCUCCCAGGCGAGAACACGAUCACCCCUGCCCUGCCCAUCAUGGUUCCUCUCAGAAAAGCUGUCCCGGGGACCCCAGGCUUUCUACACUGGGACAGGUGACAUCAGCACCAUCACCUUCCAGAAGGUUCCCUCCUCUCCUCCUUCCACCCCACUGUCCGGAAGCAACAUCAGAGCCCAGCCAGCCCCUUUUCCAGAAAUGGCCUGUACAGCU